AUGGCGGGCAACAUCAAUCACACAACGACAGGUUCGGAAAUUCAUCACCAUGAGAAAGCCAACCUCCAACAAAUCCCGACCAAUACGAGCGACGUCAACGACCUCGAGAAAACCGUCCAAGUCGACACGCUACACACCGACGAAGCGAUGAAAGUCCUCGCAGUCUACAACGGUCCUCUCGAAUGGACACCUCAAGAGGAGAAAAAGCUGCUUCGGAAGGUGGAUUUCAAGUUGUUGAGCAUCCUUGUCCUGACAUAUGCAUUGCAAUAUUACGAUAAAGCGAUGUUAUCGCAAGCGGCCCUCUUCGGCCUUCGAGACGACCUCAAACUGCGAACGGGAAACCGCUACUCCAUGUCCUCCGCCAUCUUCUACCUAGGCUUCAUCUGCGGCGCCUAUCCCGCCAUCGUCCUCUCCCAAAAAUAUCCCAUCGAGCGAGUCAUGUUCGGCAUCGUGAUAGCCUGGGGAGCAUGCCUCAUGUGCACCGCCGCCGUCUCCACCUACCAAGGCCUCUACGCCCAACGUUUCUUCCUCGGAUUCCUCGAAGCCGGCGUCUCCCCGGGCUGGAUGAUGGUCGUGGGCGGCUGGUACCGCAAACCGGAACAAGCCUUCCGCAUGGGGAUCUGGUAUUCCGCGACGGGAUACGUGAGUAUCUUUUCGCCGUUGAUCAAUUAUGGGUUGGGACAUAUUCGGGGGCAGUUGAGUCCGUGGCGGUAUAUGUACAUCGUCGCCGGCGCGAUUACGAUUCUCUGGUCCUUUGUGAUUUUGUUCUGUAUGCCUCCAGACCCGAUCCGCGCAAAAGGCUUCAGUGAUCGGGAGAAAUACAUCGCCGUCGCACGCCUGCGGUCCAAUAACUCCGGCGUCAGGAACACCCACUUCAAAAUCGGACAAGUCAAGGAACUCGCUCUGGACCUGAAAUUCUGGAUCUUAUUCUCCACAGCUUUCACGAUGCUCUUCAUCAACGGACCCGUCAGCACUUUCAUCCCCAUUAUCAUCAAUCAGCUCGGAUUCUCCGGUUUCGAAGCCCUUCUACUCGUCAUGCCGGCGGGGGCGAUCAUCGGAACGAUUGAGUUGAUGGCGCCGUUUGCUGCAAUGAAGUUGAAGAAUGCGAGGUGUUGGAUGGUCGUCGGGACGUGUAGCGUGUCCUUGCUCGCGAGCCUGUUGUUGUGGAAACUCCCGAUUGAUGCGACGGGUGGCCGCCUUUUUGCGGUGUACAUCCUCGCUUCCUAUGGCGGAGGCUACGCCGUCCUCAUGGGUCUUUCCGUCGCCAACUUCGCCGGCUACACGAAACGCUCCGUUAGUUCUAGCGGCAUCUUCGUGGGAUACUGUCUCGGCAACUUCGUCGGCCCCCUCCUCUUCAUCGAGUCCGAAGCGCCCUACUACACCACGGGCUGGAUCGCGACGAUCACGACGAUGGUUCUCGCGAUUUCCCUGACGGUGCUGUAUCGUUUUGUUUGUGUCUGGGAGAAUCGGAAGAGGGACCGGGAGGGGACGAGGGAGGCGUUUGAUCAUGCUUAUGAGGAUGAUUUGACGGAUGUUACUAAUAAGCAGUUUCGGUAUACGUUGUGA